CCGAGCUCUUAAACAAUGACGAUUGUGUGGCAUCAGCAUCAGUCGUUCGAUCAUUAUUACCUUUCAUCCAUACCUUAUCCCCUCGUGGAAGAAGAAGCAGCGGAGAGGAAGAGAAUGGAGGCAACCACUACCGUCUCCUCCUCCUUCCAUGUAAUUGUCUUGAUCCCCAUCUCCAUUCUAUUCAUCUACCACCUCCUUCGCCGGUGCUACUCGACCGCAAAGGCCACCGGUAACUACUGCCCGUUCCCCGACCCCCUCCUCGGCAAUCUCAUCCCCUUCCUUCGCAACCAACGCCGCUUUCUCGACUGGGCGACCGACCUCCUCUCCCGCUCCCCCACCGGCACCAUCGAGGUCCGUGGCCCCCUCCGCCUCUCCCGCGGCGUCGCCACCGUCCGCCCUCUUGUUGUCGACCACCUCCUGCGCUCCAACUUCUCCAACUACGUCAAGGGCGGCCGCACCCGCGCUGCGCUCUCCGACCUCCUCGGCCACGGCAUCUUCAACGCCGACGGCCACCUCUGGUCCCUCCAGCGCAAGACCGCCAGCCGCGAGUUCACCACGCGUUCCCUCAAGUCCUUCGUCUCUGACGUCGUUCGGUUCCAGCUCCGCGAUCGGCUCCUGCCGCGGCUCUCGGUCGCCUCCGACGAGGGCGGGACCGUCGAUCUCCAGGACCUGCUCCGCCGCUUCGCCUUCGACAACAUCUGCACCAUCGCCUUCGGGACCGACCCCGCCUCCCUCCGCCCCGGUUCCGGCGUCGGCGCUGAAGACCACUCCUUCUUCGACGCGUUCGACGCGGCAGUCAAAAUCUCGUCGGCUCGUAUGUUCGCGCCGCUGCCGCUGGUUUGGAAGUUGAAGAGAUUUCUCAACGUGGGGUCCGAGCGGAAGCUCAGGAACGUGAUGAAGACGAUCGACGAGUACGCCAUGAACAUCAUCGAGCUGAAAGAGCAGCAAGGAACCAAGAAGCUGGACCUGCUGUCGAGGUUCGCGGCGGCGCUCGAGGAAGACGACAACCAGCUGAGACGGAUGUUCGAGGGACCACAGCAGAAGAGGAAGUUCUUGAGGGACAUAGUGAUCAGCUUCAUUCUCGCCGGCAAGGACACAACGUCGGCGGGCCUGACCUGGUUCUUCUGGCUACUGGUCGUCCACCCGCGAUCCGAACAGAGGAUCUACGAAGAGAUAGCCAAGCACGACGAAGAGGCGGCGCACGAUAUGGGCUACGAUGAGCUGAAAGGGAUGAACUACCUGCACGCCGCGAUAACGGAGGCGCUCAGGAUGUACCCUCCGGUCCCGAUCGACACGCGAGUGGCGGUGGCGGACGACGUGCUCCCGGACGGUACGUGCGUGAAGGCCGGGUGGUUCGCUGACUACUGCCCGUACGCGAUGGCGAGGGACGAAGCAGUGUGGGGCGCCGACUGCAGGGACUUCAAGCCGGAGAGGUGGUUGGACGAGAAGGGGGAGUUCAUGGGGAUGGACGCAGCGAGGUUCCCGGUGUUCCAUGCCGGACCGAGGAUGUGCUUGGGGAAGGAGAUGGCCUACGUGCAGAUGAAGGCGGUCGCGGCGGCGGUGAUAAGGAAGUUUAGAGUGGAAGUGGCUGCGCUGGAACACAGCGGCGGUGGCGAGGUGUCCGUGCCGGAGUACGAGAUGUCAGUCACGCUGAGAAUGAAGGGGGGUUUUCCCGUCAGGCUGAAGAGAAGGAUGAAGUAGGCCGUGCGAAAGUAGGGGAGCUGCUUUCGAGUCAUGAAAACCUGGCAUUUCGUCGAACACUUAGAUGCACGCAAGUAACACUAUCAGUUGAUCAUUUUCUUCCUCUUGUUCUGUGCAUGGACGCAAACCGGAAAUAUCUCGAUGUAUUCCAUCUUCAACAGAAGGAUUUAAACCUAAUCUCAA